AUGGGCUCUUCUGUCGCACAGAAGCGUCUCUUCCAUGAAUACAAGAACCUCUCCACAAACCCCCCAGAGGGGAUCACAGCGGGCCCCGUCUCCGAAGAUGACAUGUUCUACUGGGAAGCCUUGAUUGAAGGUCCUGGAGGUACCCCCUUUGAAGGCGGUGUCUUUGCUGCGGAGCUCAAGUUCCCCCAAGGACUAUCCUCUGAGCCCCCCGACUAUGAAAUUUGUUGGCGGCGGGUCUAUCCCAAUGGCACUGUCUGCAUUUCUAUCCUUCACCCACCAGGUGACGACCCGAAUCACUAUGAACAUGCCUCGGAACGCUGGUCGCCUAUCCAGAGCGUGGAGAAGAUCCUGAUCUCAGUGAUGAGCAUGCUUGCUGAGCCGAAUGACGAGAGCCCUGCCAAUGUCGAGGCAGCUAAAAUGUGGCGUGAGCGCAGAUCUGAGUAUGAGCAGAAGGUUCGGGACGAGGUGCGCAAGGGAUUGGGUCUCUAG